CGCAUAUCACUCCAUCUUUACUCUCUCUCUCUCUCAUCAAAUCUCUGUAUUCUACUCAUCUGCUCAUCAGUGACUAUGGCCAAGAUCAAGAUCGGCAUCAACGGAUUUGGAAGGAUCGGGCGUUUGGUCGCGAGAGUGGCGUUGCAGAGCAACGAUGUCGAGCUCGUCGCUGUUAACGAUCCUUUCAUCACCACUGACUACAUGACCUACAUGUUUAAGUACGACACUGUCCAUGGUCAAUGGAAGCACCAUGAGCUCAAGGUGAAGGAUUCCAAGACCCUUCUCUUCGGUGAGAAGCCUGUCACUGUUUUUGGUAUCAGGAACCCCGAGGAGAUCCCAUGGGGUGAGGCCGGAGCUGACUUUGUUGUGGAGUCCACUGGAGUUUUCACCGAUAAGGACAAAGCUGCUGCUCACUUGAAGGGUGGAGCAAAGAAGGUCAUCAUUUCGGCACCUAGUAAGGAUGCCCCCAUGUUUGUGGUUGGUGUCAACGAGAAGGAAUACAAGCCAGACCUUAAUGUUGUAUCAAACGCUAGCUGCACCACCAACUGUCUUGCUCCUUUGGCUAAGGUUAUUAACGACAAUUUUGGUAUUGCUGAGGGUCUUAUGACAACCGUCCAUGCCAUUACUGCCACUCAAAAGACUGUCGAUGGUCCAUCAAUGAAGGACUGGAGAGGUGGUAGGGCUGCUUCCUUCAACAUCAUUCCGAGCAGUACUGGAGCUGCUAAGGCUGUUGGCAAGGUUUUACCGGCACUUAAUGGAAAAUUGACUGGCAUGGCUUUCCGUGUUCCCACUGUUGAUGUCUCAGUGGUGGACCUUACAGUAAGACUUGAGAAGAAGGCUACUUACGACCAGGUCAAAGCUGCUAUCAAGGAGGCCUCUGAGGGUAGCUUGAAGGGAAUCCUCGGUUACACUGAGGAUGAUGUUGUCUCAACUGACUUUGUUGGUGACAGCAGGUCAAGCAUUUUUGACGCCAAGGCUGGAAUUGCUUUGAAUGAUAACUUCCUGAAGCUCGUUUCUUGGUACGACAACGAAUGGGGUUACAGCUCUCGUGUUGUCGACUUGAUCCGGUACAUUGCCUCUGUCCAAUGAGAAGCUUCAUCUUUUCAACGAGAAGUUUUUGAAGCAGCGGAUGCUGUGAAAGUUUUUUUCUUCUUCGGCUUUUAGUUUGCAAUUUAGUUUAGUGUCUAGUUCUAGUAGAGUCCUUUUCUAUAAGGAAAUAACAGAGCUAUGCGGUUAUAUGUGUUGUCUGCUAGAGACGGAACAAGCCAUUUUUGGCAUCUUUUAUUUAAAUUGGGUGAAAUGUAAAACUAUGUCUAAAUUUUUAAUAAUGAGUUUCGGAUUUCAUAUUUAUGUUGCUCUAA